CCUGUGCGCGCUGCAUUAAGACGAAGAAGACGUCUCACCCGGGAAACUCACUUGGGAUAAAAAAAACACGAAGUCAGGAGUUUUAAACGUGCCUCAUUUGGACUGCGAGAGAUGCCACCAAAGAAAAGGACCAGAGUGAGUGAAAGACAAGCAGAACCAGGAAAAGAUGAAGACAGUGCAAAAGAAGCCGUUGGAGCUAGAAAGAAAGCAACGGGAGUAACAAAAGACAGCUCAAGCACACCCAGCUCUCCCGAGUACCGUCACUGGCUGAUGAAGUCUGAGCCUGAGAGCCGCUUUGAGAACGGCAUCGACAUGAAGUUCGGGGUUGAGGAUCUGAAGGCUCUGCCUGAUCAGACCAGCUGCUGGGACGGCGUGCGCAAUUAUCAGGCACGUAAUUUUAUGAGGCAGAUGAAAGAAGGGGACUUGGCUUUCUUUUACCACAGCAACUGCAAGGAACCGGGGAUCGCUGGAGUCAUGCAGAUUGUGAAGGAGGCUUAUGUUGACCAUACUCAGUUUGAUAAGAAAGACGUGCAUUUUGAUGCAUCCAGUAAAGCGGACAACCCUAAGUGGAGCAUGGUAGAUGUGCAGUAUCAGAGGAUGAUGAAGCGCUUUCUUCCUCUGUCCGAGCUGAAAAAGUAUCACCUGCAGCAUCGGACCAAAGGAGGGCCUCUAAAGGACAUGGCACUUUUUACGAGGGCCAGGCUCUCUGUGCAGCCCCUGACAUCUGAGGAGUUUGACUUUCUCCUGAGUUUGGAGGAUGAAGAGCCUUUGUGAGGACGAGAGAACACCAAACACUGUCCUAGCUACAUAGUUUUAUAUUUUUAUAUCAUGUGUAUAAUACAUAUAAUUAAAAGUGGUUCAAUUAUG